GAGGAGUUGAAGCAACAUAUCUGUGAAAUCCGGGAUGAAGCCUACAAGAUAUGUCCGUAUCCUUGCAUUCGCUUCUUUUCGUAUACCAGUAUGAGACUAACUCGCCACUGGGUUUACGAGGACGUACUGAAACUGGGGAAGACGGGCGAUGACAAUUUUUUCCUUGAUAUAGGCUGCUGUAUGGGAACAGACGUCCGUAAAUUGGUUGUAGAUGGUUAUCCCCCGAAUAAGGUGAUCGCCAGUGAUUUAUGCUCCGAGUUCUGGGAUAUUGGCAAGAAACUUUUUAAGGCUGAUGCAGAGGGCGAUAAGAUCCGUUUCAUUCAAGAAGAUAUCACGGAGUUGGAUCCAAAGGCUCUGGAGAGCAUGCCUUCACCAGAUAACACGUUAGCGGCACCGAAUACGCUAUCAGACCUGCAUCAGCGCUGCUCAGUCAUUCACAUCUCCUAUGUAUUCCACUUCUUCAGCAAAGAACAACAAUACAACCUAGCAUGCACGCUGGCUUCUCUACUAUCUCCGAAACCGGGUUCUAUCAUUUUUGGAGCUCAGGUGGGCCUGGCAGAGGCGGGCGAGAGGACAAGUGCGAUGGGUUAUAAGACAUUUGGCCAGUGUCCGCUGAGCUGGAAGGAGUUGUGGGUAGGAGAAGGCGGCGUGUUCAGCGCAGAUGCUGCCGAGUGUGAAGCGAAAUUGUUUGAGCCCGAACCCAAGGACGCAAUUACCCCCAACCCGAUCGACAAGAAGCCAUACUUGUUGAAGUGGAGCGUCAAGAGAUUGUAGCUAUAAUGCCGGGGAGAUUUCUGAUUAUCUAUGAUAAACUGUCAACCUGUUUUUGACCUAGGAAAAGAAAAAUACCUUCCACACUGAUAGCAUGGCCAUCCGGGGCAGACCUGGACCCAGCUUUCACCGGUUUUAAUCAUGAACAAUCU